CGAUGACCACGACAACCACGGCCUUUGGCGCUUUUCCCGCUCUCCCCCACUUCCUGUCACUCACUUUGCACCGAGAAGGGACCCCGAGCAGAAAGAUCCAGGAUCGCUCUACUCCGUCUCGCCGUGCAUUUUGAUGCCGCCUUAUCCUUUCAUCAUACCUCAUCGAUCCCGCCCAGUGACCGGUCCCCCAUGUCAGCGGGGAAUAUAUGCUAGACUGGCGCUGAGGGAUUGGUCAUAGGGUAUGAAGAACUUCCGAACGCCCUAUAUACGCCGAUGCAACCCAGGUAACCGAAAGAAGUGAACGACUCACUUGACCGGCUCAAGCAAGCCGCGUCAACACACACACUGGCAUAACAUAACGAUGGUGGUCGAGGUUGGUUCUCUGAACCGCAGCAGUUUGGAGCCGUUCAAAACAUGGCGACUUCAAGGAUCAGCUGGCGAAAAUGAUGGAGUCAUCGACGUCGAAACAGGCCUAUUCUCGUCGCUGGCACCGAGACAUUGUUCUGAGCAUGCAGCCCAUUGUCCCUCGACCGCAACUUGCAGGCCUAUUCCGUUACCUUCUUCGAGCUGUCGCCACUUGGCGCCUCAUCCAAAUGUACCUAUACCUGCUACCGUAGGAGAAGCCGGUGCAAGCCCAACAUUCCGUCAGCCAUUGCCCAAACCGGCCGAACAAUAUUUUGCCUUCUCGACGGAUCACGACCAGUCGAGCUUCGUUUUUCAACGGUCAUCGCCACUGCCGAGAAUCGAGAAACGCCAAAGGGCCGAAUCUGACGUCGACGGACCAUACACGGCUGCUCUGAGCUGCAAGAAGCGUCGCUUGAGGCUUCAGCUCAUUACCAGUCGGCUCUCCCAGCCAUUCUCCCUGCCGGCGACGCACAUAAUCAACCGCGAGGCCAUUGCCUCGGGUGACAAGCGUUUCGUCAAGUUGGCGGCUGUGGCCAACUCGCCAGAUGCCGACAGGCAGGGCCUGAUCCGGGAGACCUCGAUCAUGUUGAGGGCUGCGGUGCUCAACAGAGUCAGGUUGCGCGUAAGGAACGAGGCGAUGCUGCGUGGGGAUCUUGUCGUCGCCGUAACUGCUGCAAAUGCCGCCGUCCUUCACCACGGCCAACAACUGGCCACGGGGGCCAGGUUUGUCGCACAGUCCUCUGCACUUGCAGAACAGCAGCAACAAACGCCUCCGGCGAGGGUGGUUCUGAUCCGGUCGGGAAUAUCGUCACCAAACUCGAUGAAAUCUCCCCCGGGAUCCCCAAAAACACCACAGUCUUGCUGGAUGCUGCCGAAAUCCCCGCGGCUGCAGCCUGCCCGCUCACCAGUCUCGACUCCUUCCGGAACGAUGCUCGAAGAAAUGGAGGAUGACGGAAUUCUGUCAUUCCCCACAGCAGAACACAAUUGUUCUUAUGCCUGGGCCGAUGACGACGAUCUGGAAGAUGUGUACUCAGAUUUUGGCGCCAUAUUUGGCGGGCCAGCUCAAAACGGGGAAAUUGAGGAAGAUGGCCACUCCUAUGAGGAAUAUCUCGACGAAUUAGACGGCAUAUCGUGGGUCGGUGGCAGGUAGACCUUGAGAGAACUGGCGAACGUUCCGAAAAUUUUGACAUGAGAAAGGCAUGAUAGGGUCCCAAAUCUUUGCAUCAAAAGAAAAACCGACAGCGUCCAAUGGAAUACGUUUAUUGAGGCCGGAAGGAAGACAAAAACUAGGGCGGCCCCGAAAGGUCAGCUGUAUUUGUGACAAUGCCCUUUAGGAUCGAGACUUGGGAAGAAUACCGAGCAACCUGGUCCCUCAGGGACAUAGAAAUGCUGCCCAGGUAUGCACAUCGCACGACCGGGCAACCGGUUUUGUGAGAAGCGAAGCUACCAGCACGGAUGAUAAAUGAGGCAGAGUCGUCGAUACUGAACUCUACCAGAGAAACACCCCCAAGUCCAAAUUUAUCCCAAGCUGCGUAAUGCAAAUCUCAUUUCCCAGUUGAUUCGUCUUCUUUCUGCUGAACUAGCGCAAUUGCUUGAUGGCAUCGGUGCUCCUUCAGAGUAAAUGAGGGUGAAGGAUGUAGAGUGAAGGAUGGGUCUCCGGCAAUCGGCUGUAUUUUACACUCAGCUACGUGUCCACCAACCUAGGGAACAUAUGCUGGAUGAUGCCAUUCGUAUCGGCGACACAAUGACUGGAGGCGUAGACGGGACGGUUUCGUGAAUGUGGGAGAAGUCUAUUCCAGCCGCCAGCAGUUGAGCCCCGCCAGUUCCGAUGAUCGGCCCCUGGUCGGACAUCUUCCCGAAUCCCGGGCCAGGGCCCCCGCCGUGACGUGAC